AUUUCCUUUCCACAAUGACAUGGGAUUGGUCUGUCUAGAACAACUCUUUGAGGGUUUGUUGACUCAGUUGGGUGAAGUACAGCAUAUAAUGUUCUCUUGUUUCUCUUUUGGUAAAAUUUUCAGGAAAUCUAAAUCAAAGAAGAUUUUGCAAGUAACACCAGACAGCAAGAACUGUGAAAAUCCAAUUUUCAAGUCAGGAAACGGAGUUGAGCCACCGAUUGUUGAGAAAGUAGAACUUGACCUUCAGACAAAACCAGCCAGCGUAGAAACAACAACAGCAACAACAGACAUCAAAAAAGAGACUGCAGCUGAUCCAGUUGCAUCUUCUAAAGAAAAUACUUUUACCUCCGAAGCAAAGACGAAAGAAUUUAAAAAGGACAUUGUUAAAAAGCCCAGCAGUGAGCAACCAGUUUCCUCUCUACCGUUUGCGAGUGAACUUAUUAAAGCAUCACAAAAAAGAGAAAAACGUGUUGCCAGUGAGCUAUCGAAAGCUCUUACCAUUGCUGCAGAAGAAAGAGCUCGACUCAAUUCUGGCGAAAUGUCAGCUGAGCAAAUGAUAAAAUCAAUUGAGCGUCUUGAGACAGCGGUGGUGAGCCUGGAACGGGUAUCCACACGGCUUGAGAAUAUUGCCAACACUUCCGGAAAGUUAGUUAAUACAGGCAACUCUGAAGAAGUACUUUCACCGUUUGUAGUGGCUUACGAUGACAUUAUCAAGGGACCCGUGGCAACAUUUAUUGCCCUCUCUUCCAAGAUUAAUGGCAAUGUGAAGAUCCAGGCCGCUAUGGUGCAGGAAGCUUUCAAUGCUCAGCGAAGUUUCCUUGUUCAAGUAUCUCGCAGCAAAAAGCCAGCAAAUGAGCAAAUGAACCACCUUUUGAAUCCAACAAGCUCUAAACUGCAAGCUAUUCAGGAAUUGCGUGAGAAAAACCGUAGAGAUCCAUACUUUAACCAUUUAUCAGCCAUCAGUGAAUCAAUCCCAGCGCUUGGAUGGGUAACUUUGAAUACUCCGGUAUCUUACAUCAAGGAAAUGUCUGAUUCAGCACUGUUCUACACCAACCGUGUUCUCAAAGAAUUCAAAGAGAAAGAUGCAACUCAUGUUGAGUGGACCAAAGCUUGGAUUAAUGCCUUGAAAGAGCUUCAAUCCUAUGUCAAAGAAUACCACACUACAGGACUCUCUUGGAAUCCACAGGUCAGUAUUUUCUUCUUGGUGUCCAGCAAGCGCUUCUACAAGAUCUCACCAAUUAAAAUGGAAGAAUUAGUAGAAACCGAAGCGCUUUACAUAAAAGAAUCUGCUGUUUUUCGUCUCCUCAAUGUCAUGUCAACCUUUCUCUGCUCCCCAGCAUGCUCUCUCUCUCUCUCUCUCUCUCUCUCUCUCUCAUAUAAUUUUAACUUUGCUUCUCUUUUAGGUCUAAAGAAAGUUUCUGAUGACCAGAAGACCCACAAAAACCCAACCUUACGAAAGGAUGGAGCAUGCCCUGUGAAAUCACCUGCCAACGCCAGCUCUAAGAAAACUCCUUCCUAUGGUGGCAAUGCUCCAGUGACAAAUGUUCCUCUCAUAGAACUGCAGGACAAGAAAUGGAUCAUCGAAUAUCAAAACAACAACCAAAACAUCCAGUUGACAGACACUAGCAUGAAGCAAACUGUUUACAUCUACAAGUGUCGGAAUUCAGUUGUCAAAGUAACUGGCAAAGUUAAUUCUAUUGUUGUAGAUAACAGCACAAAAUGUGGAAUUGUCUUUGAUGAUGUCAUUUCUUCCAUUGAAUUUAUCAACUGUUCCAGUGUUCAAUCACAGGUGACUGGCAAAGUUCCAACAGUGAGUAUUGAGAAAACAGAUGGAUGUAUGGUCUACCUUAGCCCCGAGUCUUUGGACACAGAGAUCAUCACUGCUAAAUCUUCAGAGGUUAAUGUUCUUGUCCCAAAAGGCGAUGGAGACUACACGGAGUGUUUUAUUCCAGAGCAAUUCAAAUCAACUUGGAAUGGUACAAGCAUGUCAACACAAUUUUGUGAAUCAUAGAUGGAACAAGAAGGGCCUUUGCUCUACCAAUUUACUUCUCAACACUACAUCUUCCUACACCCCAGCCUGUGGAUUUAUGAUGGGGGAGGGGGUGACAUUCUAAAACUUUUUUUAUACUUCUUUUUUGUCCUUCUUUGCCUGUCAAUGCUACUGUCAUCACAGAAUGUCUUUGGCCUAAUUAUGCAACAAUGUACUUAAAAAUAAGAUUUUUUUUUUUCCAAAUUUUGUUUUUUUUAUUUCAUUUAUAUUACUAUUGUACCAUUUUGUAUUCUUCAGAAUCAGAGCAAUUCUUUAUUUCAAACACUAUUUGAAUAAUACAAUUAUUAAUGAUAAUCAUUAUAAUAAAUAAAUUCUUUUAAAUGUAUGAGGGAGAGAGAGAAAGAAAUGUAGAGAGUGCUGAGACUCUGUUGUUGAAGAAUUAUGAUUUAUGAAACUUUCUAUACCCUCUCAUCAAAUUCCAAUUUGAAAAAGAAAUAUAUAUAUAUAUAUAUAUAUAUAUAUAUAUAAAUCAAUCAAUCAAUAAAUAAUUAAAUUAAAUGUUAUUUUAA